AUCUUUUUACAAAUUUCCCAAUUCUUAAGAAUAAUGGAAAUCUUCCUUUAAAACUAAAAAAAUAAAAAAAACUUGUAUAAAUCCUUCUACUCUCAAUCACUGUACUCUCUCCGUAGUAAACUUAUUAUAUUCGAAUUCGAUCAUGAAGGCGUCGAUGAAGUUUCGGGAAGAGCAAAAGCCUCUUUUUAGGGCUAAGGUUCCUCUCAGUAUCUUAGGUUUACCUUUUCAAUCUGGAAUCGUCGCCGGAGAAUCAAAGGAGCUCAGCCUCAACCUCUCUACGUUUUUCGAAUCUGGACCUUCUCUCAAAGUCGCUUACCGUCCAAACGAUUCGUGGAACCCUUUCUCGCUGAUCGUCAAAACCGGGACGGGAUCUUUUGGUUCGCCGACAUCAAGCUCCAUGCUCAUGAGCGCUGAAUUCAAUCUCUUAGGUAAAGGGAACCCUAGCUUUAUGCUUCACUUCAAACCUCAAUUCGGAGAUUUCUCUAUCAAAAAGUCUCAUUCCUCGUCUGGAUUCGAGAUCAAAUCGAUGAAUGGAUCUGUUUCGGAAGAGGAUUCGUCGAUUGAGGUGGUCGAUAGUCCUGCGGUCAACGGAUGCGGCGGAGGAUUUAGGAAAGUCACGGUUCUGCCUUCGACUUCUGCCGGAGAUAUCGCUGGUUUGCUCUCAGGCGUCGAGGUCGCGGCGAGGACGUCUUUGCCUGUGAGAGGACGCGCCGUUUUGAAUUUCCGGUGGGGCGUUAGGGUUCCUACGGAGAUCAGACGCGAUUUUGAUCCGACGGCUGCGAUUUCGCUGAGGAGGUUCCCGUUUUUGGUGAUGAAUAAAAUCGGAAUCGAACACGUGGACGGCUCAGAUGCUAAAUUGACUAAGUCCACGAGCGAUCCGGGUAAAGUUUCGGGUCCGGGUCAACUCACUAGUAGUGGUGACGUGGCGGAGGUGUGUUUGGCUGUGAAUCGGCAGAUGGAGGAGCUNAUU